UUUUUUUUUUCGAGGAAAACAAUUUAAUAAACAAGUAUUCGAAAUCAAGAUGAACGCCACGAUGACAAGCACGAUAACAACCAUGAUAAGCGGCACGAGUAUCGAUUACUCUCAGAUAACGAGUCAAGAGGACUCGACUAUCCAGAACUGCGAGGCCGAUCUGCCGAUCAUUUCGUUGGUCAACCAGAUUCUUUACUCCAUCGUCUGCAUCGUCGGCCUCCUGGGCAACACACUCGUCAUCUACGUGGUGUUGCGAUUCUCGAAAAUGCAAACCGUAACGAACAUGUACAUCGUGAACCUGGCGAUAGCGGACGAGUGUUUCCUGAUAGGUAUACCGUUCCUCGUCACGACGAUGAGUCUGCGCAGUUGGAUAUUCGGGAAGAUAAUGUGCAAGGCGUACAUGACCACAACAAGUAUCAACCAGUUCACCAGCAGCAUAUUCCUCUUCAUCAUGAGCGCGGAUCGUUACAUCGCCGUUUGCCAUCCGAUCUCCUCGCCUAAAAUUCGGACGCCGUUCAUCUCGAAGGUGGUCUCGUUGACGGCCUGGGCAACUAGCGCGCUCUUCAUGAUACCUAUAUUCCUGUACGCGAACGCCAUGGAAUCCGAGAAAGGGAUCAACUGCAACAUCUACUGGCCCAACGAUCGAGGAGGCCACACCACCUUCACCUUGUACACGUUCAUCUUAGGCUUCGCCAUCCCAUUGAUGCUCAUACUGAUCUUCUACUUCCUCGUGAUCAGGAAAUUGCAAACGGUGGGGCCGAAGAACAAGUCGAAGGAGAAGAAACGAUCUCAUCGCAAAGUGACGAAACUCGUGCUCACCGUGAUCACGGUUUACGUUCUGUGCUGGCUGCCCUACUGGCUGAUGCAGGUGGCGCUCAUUUACACCCCGCCCAAACAGUGUCAGAGCAAGAUCACGAUCACCAGCUUCCUGCUCGCCGGUUUCCUCAGUUACAGCAACAGCGCGAUGAACCCGAUCCUGUACGCGUUUCUAAGCGAUAAUUUUAAAAAGAGUUUCUUGAAAGCGUGUACCUGCGCCGCUGGCAAGGACGUGAACGCCACGUUGCACAUCGAAAACAGCGUGUUUCCCCGCAGGAACAAGGCGAACGCGGACAAGCUUCAAUCGAAUCGGUUGGUCGUAUCCGGCCAAUCGAGGCUGGAGUUGGAGGACGAGGACGCGGAGAGGGGGCUGUUGAUCAGCAAAACUUCCACGACCACGGUGACCAUGACGUCACGAUCGAACAUCACCAUAGGCAAUGAGCCGAAGGAGCAGGGCCAGAGGGAGAAAGACGCGUUGAAGAACGGGGUGCAGCUGACGUUGUUGACUCAAGUGUAGAUGAAGGGUGGGUGAGGGGGAAUUCAACGAAGUAGUAUGGAAACAACGGUCUAUAAUUCUUCUCCUCGUCGCGGUGGACCAAUGAGCCUAGGAUUCGUCGCGCGUGGAGAAAGAAAAAAGGGAGAAAGGAUUUGUUUCUUUAAGAGGAGUUUUAAUAUCGUACGAUAUUAGAAAGGAUUUUUAUUAUGAUAUCAUCGAAUUUUUAUUCACAUUUGUCCUCGUGAUCGUGGUACCAAAAAAGUUUCUCGAGCGUUAACCGACUGUAAAUGUCCGUUUCCCGUAUUUAUUUUCGAGGGGUUAAAAGGAGAAAGGACGCAAGGAAUGGGAGGAAAUCGGUUGAGAAAUGAAAUGAAGCGUUUCUUGACCCGAGCCGUUACUCUUCGAUAGAAAUAUAGGUCAAGAGCAACAUGGGUGUUUCGCGUAACUUUGCCAAGAACGUCAAACUUCUCGAUAUCCAUAAAUGCAGAGAUAUUGGGCGAACUAACCUCUUUUGGAAGAAGCUGAAGAGGCGAGACUAAUCUCCUUACAGGAAACCGUCGUUCGUGGAUCGAGCAUGAACGUUAAUUGGAAAGUACAAUCAUCCCCCAAUUUACAUUGUUUCGAAUUUAAUUGUAUCUUCACAUUCGUGUAUUCCUGUUAAUAACAUGAACGUUAUUUCAGAAAAUAUUAAUAUAUAUAUCGUCACAAUAUCCGUGAAGAACGUGAAAAGACAAGUCGAAAUUCUUCUCUAUUUUCUUUUCUUUCCGUAAGUGGAAUCAAUUAUAUUAAAUACGUGAGUUCGGGGGAUGAUUUGUACCAAUAUGCAUCGAUGUAUAUUCGUGAAACAGUUUUGAAGAAUCGAUUCUAGAAGCAAAAAAGAAAAAAAGAAAGAUUGGAAUACAAAAAUUUCCAUCCGAUCAAUGAAAUGUUAAACUUGACAUUUUUGUGUAACAAUUUCCAUUCGUUCCUCCAAGAUCGAUCUUCCAUGUCUUUCACGAAUGCAUUUCGCACACCUCGUAUAAAUUAACCAAGAAAAAAAAAAUAUAUCUUGUAUAUACCAUACAAUUAACAUAAUCAUCGAUCGAUAUCGAUCGUUUCAGCGAAGAGGAAACGAACGAUUCCCGGUGCCAAACAAAAAACGAAGCCACGUUUCGAAAGAGGAGGCGUCUUAUCAGCGACGCACCUUUUCACGAAGAAUUCUAUUCGAUCCACGGGUCAAAAGAAGAUCAACACGCCACAUCCACGAGGGGAGGAACGAAUUCUCUCCGGGGACAAAACGCGGCUCGCAUAACCUUCUUCUUUUUAUUUUCCUUGUCCAUUAUUUCCACUCGUUCGACCCUCCUCCUCCAUCCUCCACCCUCCACCCUCGUGACAACACGUGCGUUGCGCAGGAGAGGGGGGAAAUCGUGGCGGAUCGAGAUCAAAUUAUUUCCGAGACUCUCGAGAUGAAUAUCUCGCGAGCGAUCUCGAGAGAUUUGCGGCCGCGUUUCGGGUAUUUUAUCGGCGUGUUUCGGAUCGAUUUAGUUGGUGGAAGAUUUGGAACGAUGAAAUUUGUAUGUAAAUCAUGGGACGGAGGCGAAUAUUCAACGACGCGUUACGAAGAAUUUAUCGGUACUAAGUUAGGAAUUAUUAAAUCACGAAUCGAAUUCCUGAAACAGAGGAUCAAUGUAUUAUUGCAUCGAAGUGAACACCAAAAGAAAAAAAAA